AUGACUACCCUUCAGAAUCAGUUCAAAAGUUCGCUUCAGACAGCCAACAACAACGUGACCAUCACUCAGGAAACUUACCUUCCGGCCCUCGCCCUCAUCAUCCACUACUUCAACGCCGGCAACACCCCCUCUGAGCUCGCUCAAAUCAGGACCCAGGCCCAAACUUGGUGCAAGUCCUACUUCAAAACCGACACGCCGCCAUGCCACGCCCCGCCGGAGCUCGUUGCCGCCCACCCUCACCUCUUCGACCUCGGCAUCCCCUCCUGGCAGCGCCUCCAACACCGCGCCGCUUUCGCCCAAGAGACGGACGCGGACGGCGACCAAACGCUCCCGUUUCCGGACUGUCUUGAGCCCACGCUCCUGGAGGACUAUGAGAUAUAUGAAAUGGUCAACAGGCUGCACAACGAGCAGGCGGUACACGGGCAACAGGCUGACGACUACGGGAGAUGGAGGGUGCCCGUCACGGCGGCGGACGUGGGGUACACGCCCCUGGUUUUCUACAUCCCCGACAUCAUGGUCCACCUGGCGAGGCUUGCGCCGGGGGACGGCAUGGACAAAGCCGUUCUGGAGAGGCGGUUGCGGGACGUGGAUGUGCAGAUGGGCGGGGUGGAGAACGGCGACGGGCUCGACGAGGACGGGGACGACUCGUCGGUAAUGGCGAUUGAUACGGAUGUCGGGAAUGGGGAGGAUGUGGUGAUGACGCGGUGGGUGCUAUGA